AGGAGAGAGCUUCAACAAACCCAUAAUGGGUGACGCCAAGCUCUGCCUUUUUCUGCUUCUAAGCACCCUUGCCUUAACCUAUGCCCAAGAAGAAGAACAUGCAUCCUGCUUGCUGGCACAAAGGUACAAGACCUUCCACAAGUAUGAAUACCAGUAUGAAGCCGAGUCCCUGAAUGCCAUAAAUGGAGCUUCCCAACUAAGAAAUGGACCUAAAGGCUCCUGCAAAGUUGAGAUUGAAGUUCCUCAGAGCUGCAGUUACAUCCUUCGCACAACAGGCUGUAGCCUAAGUGAGGUGGUUGAUACGGAUGCAGAGGGCAAUCCUGUGUUCGGACCUGCUGCCGGCUCUGAUGCCUUUGCAGCUGCCAUGGAGAAACAUCCUCUGAAGGUUGUGGUUGAGGGAGUCUAUGAUGUGAAACUGUACCCUGAGGAGGAUGAGCCCAUGACCAUCCUGAACAUUAAGAGGGGUAUUGUCUCUGCCCUUGCUGUGCCCCUGCUGGAGGAAGACAAGAACAAGAGAAUGCCUACCAUCCAUGGCAUGUGUAAGACCGACAAUACUGUCAAUGCAAGGGAGGACAUAGCCACUGACAUUACCCUCACUAGGGACCUGUCAAGAUGUGACAACUUCAUCCCCCAGAGGGACCACACCAGCCCCCUGGCCCUCAUCUCUGGCAUGCACUACCCCCUUUCCCAGCUGAUCAGGAGCUCUCAGACCUGCAACUACAAGUUUGAUAAUGAGAACAAGCACAUGACCUCUGGUGCCUGCACUGAAAACCACAUCUUGGUGCCUUUUUCUCACAAGGGGCAAUAUGGAGUUACCAACACUGGCAAGCAGACUUUGACCCUGCUGGAGGUUUCAGCCUACAAUGAGAGAGUCUUCGACAACUAUGAGGCUAAUCUCAAGGGUCUGGCCAUGGAGGCUGCUGAAGAUAGGAGCGCUGUUCAGGACAAGGAUGCAGGACUGGCCGUCCUGAGAGAACUGGCCACUUUGUCUCAGUCCAACAACGGAGAGAAUAGAGCCCACCUCUUCCAGAAGCUUGUGAGCAUGGUCCGUGGAAUGAAGCAAGAGACCCUGAGCCCUGCUGUUCCAGAGGCCUUAGAAAUUUCCGGUCCCCUGACAUACCAGGUUCUGGCCCAGUGCGGCACACCAGAAUGUAGCAGUGCCCUCAUGCAGAUCCUCAGGACCUUUGACACCUCAGCUGUUGAGGUUGAUGCUGCUGUGUUCACCAUGGGCCUGUUGCCUAACCCCUCUGCCCUACUGGUCAAUGACAUGCUGGCUAUGGCUCAGUACAAGCAGAGCAAGCCCAUCAUGUAUGCAUUGAGCAAUGCUGUCAAGAGGUUCUACAAAGCUGAAGGAAAGUUGACCCCUGAGAUCCAUGCUGUUGCUGAGUUUAUGGCUGCCCAUUUGGGGGACUGCUCUGGUGACCAGGAACAUAUUUUCAUGACCCUUAGGGUUAUUGGUAACAUGGCCGCUGCCAUGGGAGCUGCCAGUCCUGCCCUGAGGACCGCUGUGAUCCAGUGCGUGAACCAGCCCGCUGCCACCCUGGAGGUUCAACAAGCAGCCAUCCAGGCCUACAGACAGACACCUGUUCCUGAGGAGGGAAGAGAAAUACUCAUGCAGGUCCUUUUGGACAGUGCUAGCCCUCUGCAGAAACGUGUUGCUGCCUAUCUGGUGUUGAUGAAGGAUCCUCAAACAAGUGAACUGGCUCAAUUGGCCACCGCCUUGCCUAUUGAGGAGAACCAGCAGGCUAAAAGCUUUGUCAUCUCCCAUCUGACCAACAUAUUGGCCUCCACUGAGCCUGAGACCCAGGGACUGAGACAGAAGAUCCUUGAUGCUCUUCAGGGUAAUGACGUUGGAACAGUCAUGGAUCCAACUAAAUUCUCCCGCAAUUACAAGGUUGCAUCUGUUGAAGGCAACAUGAUCUUCGAGGGUGCCAGCUACCUGCCUAGGGAAGUAAUGCUGGAGAUGACCCUGAAAGCUUUUGGCUAUGAUAUUGACAUGUUGGAGGUUGGCAUGGAGGGUAAAGGACUGGAGCCAACAGUUGAGACUCUCUUCGGUGAGCAUGGCUUCUUCCCUGAUACAGUACUGAAGACCAUCUUCUUUGUUUCUGACAAAAUGCCCCAUGAAAUAAAUGAGGUCCUGAAGAACAUGCUGCCUGCUCUGAAGGCUGACAGAAAGAAGAGACAGACUUCCCAGAAUCUUGUAAGAGAAAUCGGCCGCAACAUCAACAAACUGGUGAGGGAUCUGAAGGCUCAGGAAUCUCCUGAGGCUAUGGUUUACCUGAGACUGAUGGGAAAUGAGCUGGGGUACCUCAAGACCAAAGACAUGGAAGAAAUGGCCUACUCUGCAGCUCUGAUGAUUGACAACAUGGUGAAGAUGUUCCCCACUGAUCUGAUUAAGGGACUGAUGACCAAGGAGGACAAUGAGGUCUUUGCUCACUACAUCUUCAUGGACAAUGAAUUCUUAUUGCCAACUGCUACUGGUGUGCCUCUGAAGAUAGCCCUUUCUGGUACCUUCACCCCUGGUAUCAAGGGAGGCAUUGCUCAAAGUGCUGCUAACAUGGCUGAGUUCUCCUUUAUGCCCUCUGCUGGAGUUGAGUUUGUGACCCGGGUUGGCUCUCAUAUCCCUGAGUAUGUCCUGUCUGGCCUAGAGAUGCACACCAACCUGUACCACGAGAGUGGGCUCAGAGCUAAGAUUGCUGUGUCUGAGAGUGAAGUCAAGCUGACCAUCCCUGCUCUCCAGAGCCCUGCCAAGCUGAUCAGCAUCACUAACUCCUUGGUAGCUGUGACCUCUGCUGAGGUGAAGAAAAUACUCCCCAUCGUGGAAGAUAAAGUUGAUGUUUCUGAAUGCACACCUGUCUUUGCUGGAAUGAAGUACUGCACUGUCCUGCAGUACACUGAUGCUAGCUCUCAUGAUACUGUCCCCUACUUCCCGUUCACUGGUGACAGCAAGCUUGCUGUGGAGCUCCACCCCACAGGUGAUGUGUCUGAAUACUCCGCCACUGUCACCUACAAACUCCUUAUGGAGGGAGAAGAAGGUAACCAGAAGGUUGACACAGUGAAGAUGGUCCUAAAAGCAGAAGGUGCUGAGCCCACUGAGGCCACAGCAACCGUGAAGUACAACAGGAGGAAAAAUGUCAUCACCACCGACAUCCAGAUCCCUGACUAUGACCUGGAGGUUGGACUAAGACUGGGUGUUGUCGAUGAAAACACAAAGGGCAAAGGAACACACUCCAUCUCUAUUGAUCUCAUCAAUAAGAACAUUCCUCAGUUGUCUCUGGUUGGCCGUGCCAAAAUUGAGGCCUUGAAGGACGCUAUGCUGCAGGUCCAGCUGCUUGUCCCAUCACUGAAGGCUGAUGCCACAGUCACAGCCCAUCUGAAGCGUGAUGAAGAACUACAACUGGAGCUCGAGAGUGACAUCAAGCUCCCUGAGACAACCUCAGUGCAGAAGAUUUCCCUGAAAUAUGACAACAGCAAGAUUGAGGCUGAAGUGAAGUCUGACAUGAACUCUGAGAUCCAGAACAUCCUACCUAUCGUUGAAGAAAUCAAGAAGAUUGUCAAUGAUGCCCUUGAUCUGCAGGUGGGCCAGACUGACAUGAAGGUCCGCCACAUCCUCACCAAGUCUGUGGAGGCAACCAACAUCUACUUGGAGAAAUAUGCUGCUGAUAUUCCUUACAUUCAGACCUUAAGAGUACCAGAGAUGCCAGAGAUUACUCUGCCAGAGAAACUCUUUUUGAAUGCUGAGGCUAAGGCUGCUUAUCAUUUCAAUGAUGACCGCUUCACUCUCACGCUCCCCAUGCCUCUUGGAGGAAAAUCAACUGAAGAGCUCAACUUCCCACCUGCCCUGACCACCCCACGCCUAUCUCUGCCCCAGUUUGGCCUUGAGGUUCACUCCAUGCAGAUUCCCAUCCCUGAACUCUUUGUUCCUGAGACAAUCACUGUGUUUGUGCCUCUCUUUGGAAAAGCUGAGGUUUCCACCAAGGUAAACAGCAAUCUGUACGAUUUGGAGGCUUCCGCUUCUGCUGGCAGGGAUGCUGUUGAGACCCCAAGCUACUCAGCAAAGAUUGAAGUAGCAGGCAACUCCCCAGUGGACAUCCUCUCCAUCAAGAUUGAAGGCUCUGGACUGAUCGCCAGCACUCCUGCUGACUCCAUCAAGGCCCAUGUGCAGACCUCUGUGAGCCACAAGCUCAUCGAUGUCAGUGUGAGCAUCACAGAAGUUGGUACAGUGACAGACAAGAUCAAUGUGAAAUCCAGCAGCAAGAUUGAAUUAACAAGUCCCCUGGGUCUAAAUGUAGUUCUGGAGCACACUGGACUAGUUGGCUUCAAUAUUGAAGAAAUCACUGCUGAGAGCAAUGUGGAGGGAACAGUCAAGGCAGGACCUGUCUAUGGCAGUACAACUGCCACCCAGUCUUUCUCCAUCUUCCCAUUCAAGCCAGAGGCAAAGAUUGAUUCUUCGCUUAAAUUCGAUUCAACUGUUGUUACUGUCCAGAACACCCUUGCAGCAACCUUCAGCAAUGGUGAGUUGGCUGUUGUGUCUAACACCAAUGCAUUUGAAGACCUCCUCACUCAUGCUGCCGAGCUGUCUUUCAAAGAGAACAAGUUGUCCCUGAAAUGUGACACAAAUGCACUCACUGUUGGCAUGAAGAUCCACAACCAGGCUGAGGCCUCUGCUGGGGCUGGAGCAGUCACUCUAAAGAUGGAAACCAAUGCUGACCACACUGAGAAUCGUGUGUAUUCUUUAGUUACUGCCUCCCUAGAUGUCAAUGGUCUGGCUGUGAACAGUGAUGCUAAUAUAAAGCUGUUUGAGCAUGAAGCUACACAGAAGGCCACUCUGACUAUGAACAAGGAUGGCUUGGCCACAAGUGGCACUACAACCCUCCAGAGUCCCCUGAUUGUUGAGAACACCUUUGCUGCUGGACUUGAUUCUUCCAAGGCAACCCUGUCCAUCGACACAAAGGCUGCACUGAAUGAUGUUAAGGUUGAAAACACCAAUGCUCUGACCCUCACUCUGUCUACAUUGGCCUUCACCUCAAAGGCUGAAGCCAUUGUCACUGAGAGAACAUCAUACACUCAUGAUAUUACCAUUGAUCUGCAGCCCUACACUGUCUCAGCAAAUGUUAACAACCACUUGAAGGUGCUGGAUGCCAACCUGGUCAAUGAGGCUCAGCUGAAGGCAGAGCUCUACAAAUUAGACUUUACUGGAAGCUUGAAGGCUGCAUAUGGUGAGGAGGAGAUCAAGCACACCUAUGAAAUUAACUACGCUGACCUGACUGCCAAUGCUAAGUGCAGUAUCAUUGGAAAACUCCUUGGAACCCACAUGAGCCAGAACACAGAGCUUGAAGUUGUUGGUCUUGCUGCCAGGAUCCACAAUGAUGCUCGCUUCAACUCCCAGCCUCUCCGCUUCGACCACACUAUCCGUGCCAGUGUUAUUCCUUUUGACUUCAAUCUUGAUGCCAUCUUCAAUGCCGAUGGUGACCUAACCCUGUACGGCAAGCAGAGUGCUCAACUCUAUGGCAAAUUCCUUGUUAAAGCACAGCCCCUGGCUUUAGCUAGCUCACAUGAAUGCAGAGCCUCAGUCACCCAGCUGCUUGACAAUGGCUUCGCUUUGGAGACCACAGUUGACAACAAGCUAGAUGCACUUAUGACUCCUCAGGAGCAGAAAGCCGUACUUAGGUUGAAGUCCAAGGUUAACGACCAUGCCCUUAACCAAGAAGUCGAAGCCUACCACAACGCUGAAAGGCUUGGAUUGGAAGUCUCCAGCACACUCCUCACUAACCUCCUGAACACAGAUGACAGUGAAAAACAGGAAUUUACAAUGUCUGGCUUCCUUAAGUAUGAUAAAAACACAGAAAGCCACUUUAUUCAGCUGCCACUGAUUGAAAGUUUGCCAGCAAUCCUGGAAAGCAUCAAGAUCACCAGUGUGAGCAUGGCAGAGGCAUUGCAGAAUUACCUCAACAAUGAAGAAAUCAAGGCUAAGCUUGAGGCUCUGCCCCAGCGUAUUAGUGACUUUGCUGUUCAUCUGAAUCUGGAAGGUAAGGCUGUCCAGCUUAAACAGAACCUCAUUGCCCUCACACAGGAGUAUGCUAUAACUGUAGAAGAUCUGGAAGCCACUCUUGCUAACCUUAAGUCUGCCAUUGAGGCACUGCUGGCUGACAUUGCAUCCCGCAUAGAGAUCAUUGUUGCUGCUACCAAGGAAGUGAUUAUGAGUGGUACUCUGUCUGAAACUGUCAUCCAAAGAAUUCAGCAGGAGAUGAACACCUUCUAUGAAGAGUAUGACAUCAGAGCUAUGAUUGUUGCUGUGAUUGAGACCAUUGAUGAGCUGAUCAAGCAGAUCGACAUGCAGAAACUGAAGGACACCAGCAUUGCUUUCCUCCAUGACAUUGAUAUUAAGGCCAAGGUGGAGCAGGUUCUUGGUGUCUUGAAACAGUUUAUAACAAGCUUUGACACAUCCAAAUUCCUUGAGGAUCUGAAGAGCUUCAUUGCCUCCUUACACCUAGAAGCCCACAUCGAGGAGCUGAUGGCUCAGAUACCCACCGAAGUGAUCAGCAAGUUUGUGGAUUCUGUCAAGGAAGUGAUUCUAGACUUUGACAUCAUUGGAAAAGUCAAUGCUCUCCAUGGAAAGCUAAGAGAAGUUAUUGUCCAGUUAGAAGCUGACAAGAAAGUUGAGGCCAUCCUGGAGAAGGUUUUGGAACUCAUUCACCAGUUCAAAAUUGAUGAAACUAUUCAGGUGGUGGCAAACAGUCUGAAAUCCAUUGAUAUUCCUGCCAAGGUAAAGCAGGUGCUGGAGGAAGCCAUCAACUACCUGAAAGCUACUGAGAUGAAGCAGGUGAUUGAUCACUUGAAUGAGAAUCUUGAUUCUGUUGUCCAGAAGAUCAAGUCCUUUGACUACAAUGCUCAUGUGGAUGAGGUCAACCAGAUGAUCAGUGGCUACACCACCUACCUGAAUGAGCUGAUUAAGGCACUUGAAAUUCCACAGAAGUUUGAAGCUACAAGAGACUUUGUCAACUUUGUUCUGUCAUCUGUAAUGACCUCCAUUGAACAACUAAGGGAAAUCAAAGUUGCAGACCUGAUCAAAAAAGUGAGGGAUGUAGUUGACCAUGCCAUGCUGAAUGACCUAAAAGCUGUCCUUGAUACUCUUAAGCAGAAGAUCUCUGAAAUGGAUGUGAAAGCUGAGAUUCUUUCCUACCUGCAGUUAGUGAACAGUUACUAUACCAAGGCCAUCACUAUCAUCACUGAUGCGUUAGUCAAUGUGGUUGAGGUUAUUAAGAGUGGGAUUGCUGAGCAACCAAUUGUUGGUGAAGUUAAGCAGAUUGUUGAGGGCAUUGUCACUGGACUGAAGGCAACUGAGCUAGACCUCCCCUCAUUUACCAUCCCUCUUACAGACCUUGUUGUACCUUCCUUAAAGAUUACACUUGAGAAGCUUCAAGGGGCUGAAAUACCAACACAGUUGGACAUCCCUGAGUUUACUAUCCUCGGUUUCCACACUGUGCCUGCUUUAACCAUUACCGUUGAUGAUAUCAAGCAGAGAAUUGUUGAGCUCAUUGAUUUUAUUUCCAACUUUGAGAUCAAGAUGUUUGAUGUGGAUGCUUUCUUUGGAGAACUGACCAUGAAUUACCUGCCAACUCUUCCUGAAAUCGCCCUCCCAGAGAUCACCCUUCCAGAGAUAUCUCUUCCGUCUCUCCCUCAUGUUCCUAUUGAGAAGCUGCUGGAGAUUCCUACUCUCCAGAUCCCUGAGAUCAAGCUGCCAAAAAUCCCAUGUGAGGUCAUGAUACCAUCCUUUGGAAAGCUCUAUGGGGAAGUGAGAAUCGGCACUCCCAUCUACAACCUUAGGACCACAGCUGAGCUCCAGAACUCAACUGACAGUGAGAUGACCCCUCAGUUAACAGUUUUCCUGACUUCCCAGGCCACAUCUCCCAGCUUUGAGAUCUUCAACUACAAUCUGGAUUCCACUGCUCGCAUUGCUAUCCCCAAGAUGAGCCGUGUGAUUGUUGCAGAGACAUUGAAGUUCACACAUUCUGCUCUGGCAGUUGAACACCAGGCCUCGGUGACCCUCUAUGGCAUAGCAGCUCAGGCCUCAGCUAAGACCACAGUUAAGGCCACAACUGCCCCCUAUACAGCUGACAUUGUUAAUAACAUCUUCUUUGCCACUGAGGGUGGUAUGUCUGCCUCUGUUGACACCACUUAUAACCACCAGCUGAAAUUCCCAAUCAUUGGCCUUAGCAGUGAGACUGCUCUCACUUCAAAGGCAGUUGCUCGCCAGGAAGGUACUACAAUCGUUCUGACCAUUGGAAAUGAAGGCACUGCCAAGUUCAACUCCCAUGACGGCACCCACAAGAGUGACUUACACUUUACCCUCAAUCCCAGCACUGCAAAGCUGACCUUCACUAGUGACACGGACACUGCCAUUCUAAAGAUGAAGCAGACCAUGAAUGCUGAAGCUGUAAUACUCAGUUACUUCAAAUUUGAUGCCCGUUCUGAAGCAGAAGGCCCUGCUGUCAAGAGCAGCUUGGUGGUGGCGUCUGGACAUGCUAACAUGGGAGAUUUGAAGGUUGAGCUGAAGGCAGCCCAUGACUCGGAGCUUGUUGGUGGACUCAGUGGAAUCCUCUCUAAUUCUUUCAAUCUUGUGAUUUCUCCAGAUGAGGUUGUUCUUGACUUUCAGAACAAGGGAAACACCAAGCUCACCAUCAGUGAAACUCUGACCACCAAAAUGGACCUCCAGAAUGAUUAUUCUGCUACCAUCAAGCCUGAUGGUCAACAUAUCAACAAUGUGGCUCUUGUUCGCUUGAACCAGUACAAAUACUCCUACAACUUGACCAUUGACAAUAACAAUAAUCAGGCAGGCAUCUUUGCAGCUAUGGAUGGUGAGGCUAAUCUUGACUUCCUGACCACUCCUUUCAACAUUCCAGAGAUUCAUGUACCCUUUGUUAACAUCCACACACCAGCCAUCAGCAAUGUGAAUCUGUAUGAGCACAGUGGCAUUAAGCACAUAUUGACCACCACUGAGCAGACUGUUGAUGUGGAUGUUAAGAUUGUGUACCAGAAGAGCCAGUUUGCUCCCCUUGUUCACAUGGGACUGGUCAGAAUCCCUUCUUUGGGUAACUUGAUCACAGAUUUGUCAUUCAAGUCUGCUAUAAUUAAUCUGAAUGCCAAUGCUGGACUUUAUGCUGAGGAUGACCUUGUCUUCCGCCUGGGUGCAACCUCUGCCUCUGUGUUUGAUGCUCUGAAAGCAAAGCUUGACGGUACCACCAGUCUGACCACCAAGAGAGGGCUGAAACUGGCCACUGCUCUGUCUCUGGAGAACCCCCACAUUGAGGGAACACAUGACAGCUCAAUCACCCUGAACACCGACAACAUGGAGGCUGAUGUCUCUGUUUCUACUGUUGCUAAGAUUGCCCUGCCCAUCCUCAACGUUGAGGCCAACCAGCAGUUUGCGGCACACCUCAAGACCAAUGCAAAUGCUGCAUCCACAUUGAAGCUGAAGGGUGAUUUCCACCUGCCACUUAUCAAUGUUGUUGGUAAGGCAGAUCUUGACCAUAGCCUGAAGCUAGAGGAAGCAUUUGGAGACCAUAUUUCCAUGGAGACUUUCACCAAGAUCAACCUUGAUGGCACUAUCCUGGAGACCUACCCACUUCUGGCCGCUGUAGACAAUGAGGCUAACAUGUACUUGAAUGCUGAUGGUCUGCGCUCCACUUCAAAGCUCAUUGCCAAUGCUAAACUCAACAACGGUGAGACCAAGAUCCUUGAGAUUGAUGUGGAUGAGAACCUGGCUGUGGAGGCUUCUCUGACCCGUGUUUAUGUGGUUCUCAAGGUAACUAGCAACAAUGAGGCCAAUGUGAUGACCUUCAUCACUAAUGGGAAGCAUGUAGCCCAGGCUACCAUUGAUCUUGCACCAACAACCAGCCUGAAUGCUGAUGUUGAGAUUGCCAUGUCUCAGCCAAGCACCUUUGGUGAUAUUACCAUCUUUGAGAAGACUGUUGUUGAGCUGACAGCACCCAAGCAAAAGGUUUCUACCACUGCCAAGAUUGUCACGCCUGUGUACACCACAAGUCUGGCAGCUGAGAUUGAGGGUGAUGCCCCUAUCUUCAAAGUUACCCUCAAGUCUUCUGCUACCUCUAUCAUUGUCUUCCUGGAUUAUGACCUAGAUGCUUCUAUUACUGCUGGCCUGGAGAAUGCCAUCCUGAGUCUGACUGGCAAAGCUGCCCUGACACAUGCUGACCUGACCAUGGACAUUCAGCAUGUUCUUUCCCAGGUUAUGAGGAAGAAACGCCAAGAGGAAGGAAGUGACUCCAGGCUCACCCUAAAUGUGGACAUCACCAGCGCUACCUUCACUGAUGUGAAUUUCCGUUACGCCGCUCGCAGAGACGGAAUCAGUGCUUCUGUCUCAACUCCAUCCACUGGGUUCUUGGGUCUUCAACUCCAGGGCAGGACUCCAUCUCAGCUGAACGCUAGACUCUACAGUCGUUAUGCCUCUGCCCCUGAAGAUGACGUGGACAUCCUAAUCAUUAGAGCAUCUGUUCAGGACACUGAGAGGAUGAGGCUAAAGAUUGCCUACAACAUGGAAGCUCCUAAUGACAUGCUCAUGGGCCUGAAGGAGAGACUCCCUACCAUUACAUCCACUCUCAACAACUUUGCUGACAAGUAUCAACUGUUUGGACAGGUGUCUGGGCUGAAGAGUGCAGUCAUCAACCUUAUUGAGGAGGCAUACAGCACAACUAACAACCAUGCUGCAGACUUGAGCCAACUGUCCAUCCUCUUCAGGAACACAGUUGUCCAGUACCAGAAGACCGUCCAGGUCUUCCUGGAUGCUGCCGUCAAGUCCCUGCGUGAAAUCCAGUUCAAGUUGCCUGGCUCAGAGGAGAUGACCACUCUUCCUGAAGUUCUCAAGAAGCUGACCACUGGCAUUGCUCAAUUGCUCGAACGGGCUGUCCAGAUGCUCCUUGCCAAUGUUGAGAGCACGUUCAAUGCCUUGAUGGACAUGAUCAGCAAUAUUCAGGUCACUAUGCCAAUUGGUACUGUCAUGUCCGGUGCUCAGUUUAUUGACGAGGCUAGAAACAGCGUGAAGAACAUCCUGGCCCAGAUUGUGGAUCUUAUCAAGCAUCUGGAGAGUCUUGACAUGAUUCUAGAAAAGCUAGGUGAGACGCAGACAGCUGUCGUUGAGAAGGCCCAGCAAUUUGUUGACACUCUGAAAUCUGACGUUCUGGAUGCGGUUGCCAUCUACAUCAAUGCUAUCUAUGGAAACCUUGUCUCCUUGAUCAAGAAUGUCCUAGACCAGGUCAAUACUCAUAUCAGCAUGGAGCAGGUCAAUCAAGUAAUUGAUUACGUCAUGGAGCUGGUUAACGCUUUGGUGAGCCAGUUCAACAACACCGUAUCUGCUUUCCUGCAGAAUGCUUCCGAGGAGGCCUAUGUGAAAGUUAAGGGAGGAAGGCUUGAGAUUGACCUUCCCUUCAACUUCAGCCAGUAAACUUCACUAGUGAACUAUUUAACAUUAAUCUCUCACAGAACUCAGAAUCAGAGUUGGCAUGGAAUUAAAAGCUUUAAAAUCAACAUGCAGCUAUUGUAUUGUUCUUGUGUACAUGGCAACUUAUAUAAAACACCAACAUAGAAAUGAGUAUUCUGUGACAAGACCUACUGAUCUACUCUAUUUGUCUGUAUCUUUCAAGAUGCAAUGAGUAAGUAAAUAAAUAAUUAAAACAUUUAUACCGCA